UGUUUUUCGUUUCAUGCUACCCACCUCCAUCGCUCUAAAGACUCACGAUCCAUCUCAGAUCUCAUUUCUCUCAACUCACUUUCACGUCCCUCCAUCCUUGACCCGCCACCCUUCCAACCUCCGUCUCACCUCUCUGACUUUCACUUCACGGCUCCUCCUACAGCCGGCGUCCAGCACCGUUUCCACCGCCUUCGGAUCCGUACAGCGACGCAACACAAACCCUUUGUUCGGGUUUUGGAUUCUUGUUGGUUGAAGCAAGAUGGGAGGUGGGUUUAGAGUCCUUCAUCUGGUCAGGCCGUUCCUUUCGUUUCUUCCUGAGGUGCAGAGUGCCGAUCGGAAAAUUCCAUUCAGAGAGAAGGUCAUUUAUACUGUCAUCGCACUCUUCAUCUUCUUGGUAUGCAGCCAGCUUCCUCUGUAUGGGAUUCACUCCACCACGGGCGCAGAUCCGUUUUAUUGGAUGCGUGUUAUCCUAGCUUCCAAUCGUGGUACUGUCAUGGAGCUUGGGAUCACCCCCAUCGUAACAUCUGGGAUGGUGAUGCAACUCCUCGUUGGAUCCAAGAUAAUUGAGGUCGACAACAAUGUGCGGGAGGACCGUGCUCUCUUAAACGGUGCACAGAAAUUGCUGGGCAUCCUCAUAGCCGUCGGUGAAGCAGUUGCUUAUGUUCUUUCAGGAAUGUAUGGUAGCGUUAGCCAACUUGGUGUGGGAAAUGCUAUUCUUAUAAUUGUUCAGCUGUGCUUUGCUGGUAUUGUUGUCAUAUGCUUGGAUGAGCUUCUCCAGAAGGGAUAUGGUUUAGGAUCUGGAAUUUCCCUCUUCAUAGCAACAAACAUGUGUGAGAACAUUAUUUGGAAAGCAUUUAGUCCGACCACCAUUAACAGUGGAAGAGGAGCUGAAUUUGAAGGAGCUGUCAUUGCUUUGUUCCACCUGCUGAUUACUCGAACGGACAAGGUUCGUGCAUUGCGGGAAGCAUUCUAUCGACAGAAUCUCCCGAACGUGACAAAUCUGCUAGCUACAGUUUUGAUCUUCUUAAUUGUUGUCUACUUCCAAGGAUUCCGGGUGGUUCUGCCUGUGAGGUCAAAGAACUCCCGUGGACAACAGGGUUCUUACCCAAUUAAGCUUUUCUACACCUCCAACAUGCCUAUCAUUCUUCACUCUGCUCUUGUGUCCAACCUUUAUUUCAUCUCUCAGUUGUUGUACAGAAAGUACAGUGGGAACUUCCUGGUGAAUCUUCUGGGUAUAUGGAAGGAAUCCGAGUAUUCAAACGGCCAAACCAUCCCUGUUGGUGGCCUUGCUUAUUACAUUACCCCACCAUCAAGCUUAGCUGAUAUGGCAGCCAAUCCCUUCCAUGCCUUGUUUUAUCUCGUCUUCAUGCUAUCAGCAUGUGCACUCUUCUCUAAAACUUGGAUUGAAGUUUCUGGUUCCUCCGCCAGAGAUGUAGCCAAGCAGCUGAAGGAACAACAAAUGGUCAUGCCUGGACACCGUGAAUCUAACUUACAGAAAGAGUUGAACCGUUACAUACCCACAGCGGCAGCAUUUGGAGGAAUGUGUAUUGGUGCACUGACCGUGUUGGCUGAUUUCAUGGGUGCAAUCGGUUCUGGAACGGGAAUUUUGCUUGCAGUGACAAUUAUUUAUCAGUACUUCGAGACCUUCGAGAAGGAGAAAGUCAGUGAACUGGGUCUGUUUGGUUUCUAAACUUUUUAAUCUGGUUUAAGUUAUACUUUGGUGGUGCCAAAGAGCUCCCUGUCAAUUUUGGUGCCUAGGGAUUGUCACAACUCUCUUAAUCUUAACAAACCUUAAGAUCUGAAGUCGAAGAACCAGGAAAACUCCUAGCUUUUGGUUCACUGUAAGAGCACAGAUAAUAUCACAUCCUUGAGACUCUGAAUCUCCACGUCUUUCUCUCAUGUACUUCUACUUCCAUAGUUCCAUGUUCAUUUGUUUUUUUGCAGCAACAACAAUAAAUACAGUCGUAGAUUUAACAGGAAAAAAGAACGAGUUGGGUUUGUAGGUUAUCUAGGUUAUCGUAUGAACUCUGAAGGUGUGGUAGCUGAAAGGAUGUGGAUUGUUAGUUAGAUUAGGAAAGCAAACCACUGUGAUUAUAGGCUUUUGAAGUUCCAAUUUUUCAAUUUGUAACACUUUGGACUAUUUGUUUUUCGCCUUUUUUGUUUUUAUAUGUGGAACAAUUGGUAUUUAGAGAACCAUUUCAUUCACACGUCUUA